UCUAUAAGGAUGUGGAUUUUUAGACUUGAUAAUAACUUAAUGUUUAUUGUUACUUCAUUAAGUAAAUGUGAUGAUCAUUAUGAAACUCAUAUUGUUUGUUAUCACGUAUAUCAGUUUUUGUAGUACUUUUAAAUGCAUUCCAAGAGAAGUUUCUUCAGAUUGGACUGCUUUAAAUAGUGUUGAUGCUCUUAUACCGACAAUGUGUUCUGACCAACAAACUUUCUCCAGUUCACUUUUGGUGUUAGAUUAUAGAUGGUUUAGUUUACCAAAUAAUAGCAUUUUCCGAUUAUCUAACAAUUUUCAAUAUUUUUCUGCCUGGCCAUAUGGAAAAGGAACACAACUAAUUUUGCAAAGUGGAAAAAAAACUGCCAAUCUUACGUUGGAAAAAGAUCAAAUUACUUAUACUAGUUCGGAUAUAAAUCACAAUAUUACCAACAUCGAAGUUUCAGGUUGGCAACAUUUUACAUUCUAUAUAAAUAAUAGUGUUAAGUCUCCUAUUUUAAAAAUAAAUGGCAAAGAAAUAGAUACCAUCGGUAGAGACUUAUCAAUUGAAGUUCAAAAUAGGACAUACUGGAAAAUUCAUCGCACUAAAAAUUAUUAUUAUAAAGAUACAAAAUCAUUUUAUUUUAACAAGAACAAAACAUGUUUUUAUAUAUCAGCGAUGUAUUUCUGUCCAAAUACCACGACAAUCCUAAACAAUGUUUCAGUGAAUGUAAAUUUUUCAAAAACAAAAUUAUGGAAAUUAUGGCAUACUUUUGAAUUGUGUGACAAAUCUAAACAUGUAGUUUUUGAAGUGAACAUGGACUUAUGCAAUAAAUUUAAGUGGUAUUAUAUACCUGACACAUAUUUGUUAACUGAUUUGCCAGUUUUCAAUGACUGCUUCAUAAGUACUGGUAAACGUCAGGUGACAAUUUACAUUUAUAUUGGGAUAAUUUUAUCACUUAUAUUACUUAUUGUGGCAGUCUCAAUAAUUUACUAUUUAGUUAAAAGGAAGUACGACAGCGAAUUUAAAGGAAAGGGAGUGAAUUCUUCUGACAAUGAAGGAAACGAAGAUGAAAUGAUUUACAACGAUAUUUAUGGAAAACUAUAGUGAAAAUUAUGCGUGUAUUUUUAUAUAUGAAAACAAGGAAAUAUUAAUAACUCAUAAUACAUAUAUUAUCAACUUUAUAUAUUUAAUGAGGAAGUAUACUUUUAUAUGCAGAAUUUAUUUAUAUGUGAAAAUUAUUAUUUUAUUAAUUUCUGUUUUAGUAUAUGAUUUUGUUCUUCACAACAAAAUCCGGUUUUUAUUAUGAAGUUUUGUCUGUUUACCUAAUAGCUUAACAGAAAAAUUAAUAUAAUUUCCCUUUCAAAUUAGAUAAAAAAGGAGGAAUAUUACAUGUUGUAAACAAUAUAUUACUGUUCUACAUUUAUUUUAUUUUAAUAUGUAUUAUAUUGGAUUUCAAAUUAAUAGGUUCGAUUUCAGACUCUAAAAUUCAGAGUAAGUAGUAAAAUCACAGUUUAAUUAUUGAACAAAAUCGUAGGUACUGAAAAUUACAUAUUAGUAAAGAUAAACUUAAAAAUUAUUAUAAAUUUCUCUGUCAUAAGGAACCGGAUUAUCAAAUAUUAAUGUUGUUGUAUUUUUGUCUAAUAAUAUGUAUUUUAUAUUCUAUUAUAUAAAUAUUUGAUUAAAGAGAUAACGUAAGAGGAAAAAUGUUUUAAUUAUUAUAAAAUUAUUCACUUAACUGUAUAACUUUGAAUUUAAUAUUUAAUGUGAUGCAUUAAUGAUGAUGCAAACCAGACAGGACCGUUUUUUGGUUAUUUAUGCCAAACGAAAUUACAUAUUCUCUUCAUCUAGGCUUCGUGCAGACGUUAGAAUCGCUGUAAGUCUGUUUACCAUCAGAAGAGGGUGCGUGAAACUGAUCUUGGAGUCGGAAGUUGUUUUGGACAAGCAGAGAGGAUUGGUCUGGCCUUAGAACAUGUGACAACGAUAGCCACCUACAGAUUACAGUUGAAGGGCUUAUUGUGUGUUCACGGAUCUAGAUCCACAUUAUAUAAUUCGGAUAGCCACAUUUGGACAUGGCCUGUGAUACUUUUGGAGGUGGUUCUGUAACAAUAUAGAAUGAGCCUUUAAAGACAAACACUCAUAUUAAAUCAAGGAAUUGUGAAUACCCACACGACAUCACGAAUUGAUUAUUUAACCAAUUAUUAGGCGUUCAAGAAUUUGGUACAAAUUUCUUUUUUGUAGACCUCACCGUGAGACGUCCGGUGUUGUCUAAAAAUAAAAUUGUUACAGGAUGUGGAUUUGUGAUAAUAACUUAGAAUUAGUCGGAUAUAUUUUACUGAAUAAAUAUGAAUAGCAUUAUAAAACUCUUAUUGUUUUUUACCGUAUUUAUUAAUUUUUGUAUCUACAAUACUUUGAAAUUCAAUCCAAGAGAAGUUUCUUUAAAUUGGACUAGUUUAAAUGGUGUUGAUGGUAAGGAAAAAUGACUCUGUUACCAUAUUAUAAUUUUAUUACUAUUGUAACAUUAAUACCGACAACGCAUUCUUCACCAUUUCACAUUUGGUGUUAGAUUAUAGAUGGUUUAAUUUACCAAAUAAGAGAACUGACCAAUUAGCCUACGAUUAUGCUUGAUGUUUUUCUGCCAAACAAGAUGGAAAAGGA